CUUCAGCAUAACGUUGAUCUAAUCCAAUGAGAAGAAUGAUAUUUGAAUAUCUGAUAAAACCAUGUGAUUCAUAGUUAAUCAUUUCAAAGGUCUAAGAGCAAACCUUUGGAAAACACAGGGGUGUGGCUUUAAAGCAGCCCGAUCUCCUAAACAAGCAAUAUUGCCACAUUUCCCAUUACAGCUUUCAUCUAAAACCUAAGAUCUGGUUUCAUUAGCCAGGAAACAGAAACUCAAGAGGAAGUCACAUCAGCUGCACACAAACACAGAGCUCAGACGGAGAUCGUAAACAGCUCUGUGCAGGAUGAAGUUCACAGGAGGAUUUCAGAGUUCAUGUUUGGCUCUACUACUGAUCUUGAGCUCGGCAUCAGCGGUGCAAGUGCUUCAGAACAUCAAUGACCUUAAAAAACUCAACUUUGGUUCAACUGUGCCCAAACACAGUCUUUUGCUCCUGCACUGGUUUGCCAACGAAGUCAACAUUGACAAUAACAACAUCAUAAGCCUAACCUUCAACCCAGAUCAAGGCGAUUAUGGAUCACAUCACUAUGGAAACUACGAGAGGAUGUUGGAUCAAUUACCUCUUGGAAACAUCAGAUAUCGAUAUUUCACUGUGGGUAAUCUCAAUCAAGAGGCGUCGUCUGAUCUCCCACCUUAUGUGGUUCAUCCACGAAUUGAAUAUGAAGGCAGAAACAGGGAUCGGAUCAUAUUUAGAGUCAGGGAGCAGAAUGUGGGUCGGCAAGUUAGGAACGUAAUAGAUAGAGUUUACAUCACCCAGCAUUUUGAGACAUCUGAUAAUCAGGGGACAAGGUAUGAUCCAGUUAAUACAUAUCAGGUUGCUUCUAGGCUUCUGAGACAGAUCCGGCAAUUUUCUGUGAAUGAAAAUGACUUGAACACCCUGACAAACCUCAGAGAUCAGUUCAGAAGCAAUGCUGAUUAUUCCCAACUUAGGAUGAUUAGAAACUCAUGGGGUGACCUUGCUUGUCUAGGCUUAUUCUUGUUCAUUGUAAUCCAGGAGAAGUACUCCUCUAACCAGCAACCUGACAACAGACGUCAGCCUUCUACGAAAAGAAAAACACAACCUGAUUAUGUUGUCAAUAUCCCAGAGGUUAGACCUAACCGACACUCUGAGGUGUCCAUUAGAAUCCCCCAGAUUCAAUGUGAUGAUAUAACACUUAAGGUGGUGACAGGUUCAGGAGGAAAAGCCAGAAUCAUUUGGAAAAAAGCUCCAGUAGAUGAUUAUAGAGGAGGCAUGAUGAUUGCACUUUAUAGCAAUAAUGUAGGGGAGGAACCACUGACUUAUAAGUCUACUGGAAAUGCAAGAUCAGGCUUUUAUGAUACAUCGGUACUGCUGAAUGAGGGCCUGCAGGUCCGGCUUCAUGAAAGGACAAAACUAUGUUGUUUCUGGUCCCGACUUGGUGAGGAGAUAAACAGAGGUCCAGAGUUUAAGAACUCCACAGCAGCAGUCAGCAUAACAGGCUACAAAGCAAGCCUGCAACUGUUUGUAAAGGACGGCAAGGCUUGUGCUCGCUUAUAUGUGAAAACCUCUUUCAUUGAUUGGAUGUUGAAAUUCAAAGACUCCUGGGUUGGCUUCUACAGCUCUGAAGAUAAAGGUACAAGAAACUAUGAAUGGUGGCAGUGGCAAUGGGCACAGAAAUUUGAUAGAGCAGAUUUGCGCGACUGUCCAGAUAGUUUUGUUUUUGAGUAUCACUCAAGUAUGAAGAUUGCUCCAGGAGUCCAAGCAAGAUUCAUAUUUAAUGGUGAUGUAGAGAAAGCACGCACACCAUGCUGGAAAGAAUAAGACUGCAACAAAAGAGCAAAAGACAAUCGUAUUGCACUGAAUUUUUUUUUAUACAAAGCUGUUAUUUGUGCUGUGUUCUGAAUCAUUUUGUACAGGAUAAUCAUUUACAAGAAGCAGAAAUUAAAUUUUCUGUAAAGAUAAUCUCAUGCUGUAAAAACAUUCACUCACUGAUUGCAAAAUACUAGUUUAAGUUCUGCAUAUACAUGUGUGCACAGAAGUGCUGAAGCGCAGUGUGUGGAAGAUCCGGCCACAAGAUAAGUUACAUUUUGUGCAAAUAUGUGCACAUGAACUGGGUUUCGUGAUUGUCCUUUUUUGUGUGAAGUGCUUUUGUCAAC